CUUCGUCGACGCUCUGUUGCGCCGUCUUAUGUAAUUGAGUAUUCGACUUCCUAUUUCAUCAAGCACGACAUACCGCCUCAACCGAGCCGAGUGAACAACACGGCACCCCCUCUCUGCAUACUCUCUGUCUCGUGGCUACCCUCAUCCCUUUUACAAGCAUUCUCAUGCACAUUUCGCGGCCGACAACGAUUCGAACGUCGGGUUGUCUCAUCCAUCACAGAGUGAGGUUGUAACGCUCAUUCCUCCUCUUCUACCCCCACCACGGGAAUCGACCUCGAGUUUGCAACCCUUGGCGGCCCUCGUCGGUUAUCCUUCGCAUAACGCUCGCAAUCACCACGUGAAGAAGUGAACAUGGCUCCAGACCGGGGAUACCGCGACGAUGAAGGCGGGCACGAUGGUCACAGUGUUGUCAGAUCUAGCAGUACUAUUCAGAUCCACGACGCCAACACUGCGAACACCCUUAAGCAAGGACCCGUUAUCAACGGCCGCAGCUUCACUCUUCGCGGUGUCCUUGUGGGCCUUUUGGUCGGCCUCGUCAUCUGCUUCUCCAACAUGUAUUUUGGCCUACAGACUGGAUGGGUAAGCACCAUGACCAUGCCGGCCAGUCUGCUCGGCUUCGGCAUUUUCAAGGCGCUUUCUCGCCACCUGUUGUUCCCCUUCAGUCCUGUCGAAAACGUACUCGUUCAGACCGUGGCUGGAAGCAUGGCCAUCAUGCCACUCGGCUGCGGGUUCGUUGGUGUGAUUCCCGCAAUGAACUAUCUCCUAGCUCCCGAGGAACAGGGACCCCUCAACAUCCCUCUCUGGAAGCUGGUCCUCUGGUCCCUGGGCCUCUGUUACUUUGGCGUUGUCUUUGCUGUCCCCCUUCGACGACAGGUAAUCAUACGCGAGAGGCUGCGCUUCCCAAGCGGCUUCAGCACUGCCGUGCUCAUUGGGGUUCUUCAUGGCCAAACACGCAAGGCCGGUCCCGAUGCCGUAUCGGGUGGCUUUGCAAGCCUGGUCCCGGAUCAGGAUGGCAAGUCGGACCCGGCACCAGAAUCUGUCCAUGGUGAUCCUGCAAACAUUGCAGACCCCGAGAACGCCAACUUCGAUGGCCCGGAGAACGGAUCUCAUGACGACUGGGCGCGGAACAUGAGGCUACUGCUAAUAUGCUUUGGAGUCUCGGGCCUCUACACACUCUGCUCUUACUUCUUACCUGCGCUGCGGAACAUCCCCGUCUUCGGCAGCCAGGCUGCUGGGGUUUGGUUGUGGACUUUGAAUCCAAGCCCGGCCUACAUCGGCCAGGGCAUCAUCAUGGGUCCCGAGACAACUUUGCACAUGCUCUUCGGCGCUGUCAUUGGAUGGGGUGUACUAUCCCCCUUGGCCAAGUAUCAGGGUUGGGCGCCCGGCUCCAUCGAUGACUGGGAGACUGGCAGCAAAGGCUGGAUCGUGUGGGUUUCUUUAGCCAUCAUGCUUGCUGAUGCCAUCGUUAACCUUGGGUACAUCGCCUUCCGGCCCCUGGCGCAACGGUUCCGCAGCGAAGGGAUCACAGGACUUUGGCAGCGAAUGGUGGAUCAAGGGCAACAGUAUCUGGGGACUGGACACGGUUCGAGCCAGGGCUACUCGGCUUUGAACACAGACGAAGACGGAGAAGCAACAAGCACCUCCAGGCUUUUGCCGGGGGCGACACAAGGCCCGGCCGUGCUUCGCAGAGCGUCGGCGUCGACAAAUGAUGGUUUCCGGUUGGAUGAGGCAGACGCACUGCCGGAGCAGCAAAUCAGCAACAAGGUUGUGGCUGUCGGCUUAGUAUUGUCGAUCCUGCUUUGCAUCACGACCAUCCACCUAGUUUUUGGUGACCUUGUCCCGCUUUACGCGACCGUCGUCGCUGUUCUCAUGGCGCUCCUUCUCAGCAUCAUGGGUGUCCGAGCACUCGGCGAGACGGAUCUCAACCCCGUUUCUGGCAUUAGCAAACUUGCACAGCUCUUCUUCGCCCUCAUCAUACCUCAGUCGCAUAAGUCGAGUGUGUUAAUCAACCUAGUGGCAGGCGCCGUGUCCGAAGCAGGUGCCUUGCAAGCGGGCGACCUCAUGCAAGAUCUCAAGACAGGCCAUCUUCUCGGAGCUGCACCUAACGCCCAAUUCUGGGGCCAGGUAAUUGGUGCGACGGCAGGCGCCAUCGUCAGUGCCUUUGUGUACCAAUUGUAUACAGCAGUCUACACCAUUCCCGGUGAUCUAUUCCAGGUCCCCACAGGCUACGUGUGGAUAUUUACAGCCAGGUUGGUCACAGGCAAGGGCUUGCCGCCCAUGGCUCAAGAGUGGGCACUCGGGUUUGGCAUUGUCUUUGCCAUAACCACUUUUGUCAGGGCGACGACGACUGGCAGGGUGUGGCGGCCGCUGGUGCCAGGAGGCAUUGCCGUGGCGGUUGGAAUGUACAACGUGCCAUCUUUCACACUAGCCAGGACAGUUGGCGGUAUGCUCAGCUGGUACUGGAUCACAAGGCGAGGCGAGUCGAGUACGCCGCUGAUUGUGUUGGCUUCGGGAUUCAUUCUUGGCGAGGGGUUCCUCAGUAUCGUCAACCUCAUUCUGCAGAGCCUCGGCGUACCACAUUACUAGGCCUGACAUAGGAUAGCAUUUACGGCGGGAACAGACGCGUCUGAAGGUAAAGAGUGCGGAAGAGAAGGAAAGGUACGAACGGGGUAGGCUGCACGAGGAUUGACAACCAAAACUAGAGACGCGGGAUUAGAGCCUGACUUGGUGAUAGUAAUGACAGGGUUGGUAGCUUGAUACAGAGUGUUUUGUUGCGAAACGGGACAGCACCGAAUAACUUCUCAUCAUGUAAGGAAGGUGUCUAUCAGAAAGUCAAGGCAUUUGCAGUGGCGUUGUGCAGUCAGAGAAAGUAUGGCGCUUUUAUUCAAAAGUCCAUUGGCCUCCGAGGGGCGUGUAGGUUCCAUCAUCUCUUCAGCGCAUAAAAGGCUCGAUAGC